GGCGCACUAGGUCUCCGCGCGCUGCUUCCCCGCGAUGCCUGAGGAGCGCGGCCCUCCUCCGGCCAAGCGCUUCCGGGCCGGGCCCGGGGUCCCCGGGAACCGCGGAGCUAUGUUGCCCGGGGGUCGUCGGCCGCCACUGGGAGCCGAGGCCCUGGAGCGUCAGCGCCGAAGUCUACCCAUCUUCACGGCGCGCGGGCCACUUCUGGCCCGCCUGCGAAGCGUCGAGUGCGCCGUGCUCAUUGGGGAAACUGGUUCAGGGAAGACAACACAGAUUCCCCAGUACCUUUAUGAGGCGGGCCUGGGCCGCCAAGGUGUCAUUGCCGUGACCCAGCCUCGCCGCGUCGCUGCCAUCUCUCUGGCUGCCAGAGUGUCGGAUGAAAAGCAGACGGAGCUAGGCAAGCUGGUGGGCUACACUGUGCGUUUUGAUGACGUGACUUCUGAGGACACCAGAAUCAAGUUUCUCACAGAUGGGAUGCUGCUUCGGGAAGCCAUCUCCGACGCUCUGCUGAGAAAGUAUAGCUUUGUCAUUCUGGAUGAGGCUCAUGAGCGGACCAUCCAUACGGACGUGCUGUUGGGUGUAGUAAAGGCUGCCCAGCGCCGGCGCAAGGACUUGGGGAAGCCUCUGCUCAGAGUCCUUGUCAUGUCGGCCACCAUGGACGUGGACCUCUUCUCCCGGUACUUCAACGGUGCACCCGUUCUCUACGUGGAAGGACGGCAGUAUCCCAUCCAGGUUUACUACACCAAAGAGCCCCAGAGCGAUUAUCUCCAUGCUGCGCUGGUCUCCAUCUUCCAGAUUCACCAGGAGGCGCCGCCUGCUCAGGAUAUUCUGGUGUUCCUCACGGGUCAGGAGGAGAUCGAGGCUCUUUGCAAGGCCUGCCGAGACAUAGCCCGGCACCUGCCAGAGGACUGCCUGCCACUGCUGGUGCUGCCGCUGUACGCCUCCCUCCCCAGCUCCCAGCAGCUCAGGGUCUUCCAGGGGGCCCCCAAGGGUUCUCGCAAAGUGAUCAUUUCAACCAACAUUGCAGAAACCUCCAUUACCAUCACGGGCAUAAAGCAUGUGAUUGACACAGGCAUGGUCAAGGCCAAGAGGUAUAAUCCUGAGAGUGGCCUGGAGGUAUUGGCUGUCCAGCGGGUAUCAAAGACCCAAGCAUGGCAACGGACAGGGCGGGCCGGCCGUGAGGACAGUGGGGCUUGUUACCGCCUCUACACAGAGGAUGAGUUUGAGAAAUUCGAUAAGAUGACGAUCCCUGAGAUCCAGAGGUGUAACCUGGCCAGUGUCAUCCUGCAGCUCUUAGCCCUGCGAGUGCCAAACGUCCUCACUUUUGAUUUCAUGUCUAAACCAUCCCCAGAUCACAUGCAGGCAGCCCUGGAGCAGCUGGAGCUGCUGGGCGCCCUCCAGCGGAAGAAGGAUGAGCCCCUGGUGCUGACCCCCACUGGAAGGAAGAUGGCGGCUUUCCCUUUGGAGCCCAAGUUUGCCAAAACCAUCCUUCUCUCCCCCAAAUUCCACUGCACAGAAGAGAUACUGACCAUUGUCUCCCUGCUGUCUGUGGACAGUGUCCUGUACAACCCUCCUUCCCGGCGAGAUGAGGUGCAGUGCGUCAGAAAGAAGUUUGUCUCCAGUGAGGGGGACCACCUGACCCUGCUCAACGUGUACCGAGCCUUCAGAAACGUCGGCGGCAACAAGGAAUGGUGCCGAGAGAAUUUUGUCAACAGCAAGAAUAUGCUGCUUGUGGCAGAGGUCCGAGCCCAGCUCCGGGACAUCUGUAUCAAGAUGUCGAUGCCAAUGGAGUCUUCACGGGCAGACACGGGGAACAUCCGCCGCUGCCUGGCGCAUGGCCUUUUCAUGAACACGGCCGAGCUUCAGCCUGAUGGGACCUAUGUGACCGUGGACACUCGCCAGCCAGUGGCCAUCCACCCAUCCUCUGUGCUCUUCCACUGCAAACCGGCCUGCGUCACUUACAACGAGCUAUUGUCUACCAACAAGUGCUACAUGAGGGACCUCUGCGUGGUAGACGCAGACUGGCUGUACGAUGCGGCCCCUGAGUACUUCCGCAGGAAGAUGCGGGCCGCCCGCAGCUGAGCCUUGUGUCCUAAGCCAGCACUUGGGCAGAACGGGGAGAGCAGGUCAGAGCUCUGUCUGGCAUGUAGUGGCUUUGGAAACUGCAGGGAAGGUAUGAGCCAUGCUCAUCACUGGCUGCUGGGCAGGAAUCUGCCUUGGUUGGCGACAGUUUUUAUCUGUAUACAGUUUUUCAAUUGAAAAUGCAAUAAAGUUACUUUUGUACAA